CUGGCACGCUAUCAAUCGUCUGAAUGUAUAUGAGCCGCUGUGAGUGGAAAACUAAUGACCAGUUUACGGAUGUAAUGAUGCUCAAUCCAAGGCAAUCACCGUGGCUGGUGGAAACUGACAAUCGAAGAAGCCGAGAAUUCGCGCGGACUUUGGUAAUCCCGUAAAUCCGGGCGCUUAAAAUGACAUACAAAUCUGACAAAUGCGACUCCUUGUACCUCUUCCACCAUUGUCAUUCUCUCUAUCUUCUAUCCUGACCGGAAGUGCAGGAUCUUCAGCAAUCUCACUGGCCAUAACAAGGAUGUCAGAAAGCCCGCCAACAGAUACAAGCCAGAAAGAUGUCAAAGGUCCUUCACCUACUUCAUUACUGUUAUCGCCACCUGGCUCUCCACAUGAGAGGGUCAAUGAUGAUGCUUCCUCUCCCGGCACACCUCAUUCCCUGCGAUCACAUGAUGCUGCUGCCGAUAUCCUACAAAGUUUUUCGAGCAACGUGUCACUGGCAGAGUUGCCAUCCCUUUCUCCGCCGAUUAUAGCUUCCACGCCGUCGUCCUUGACAUCGUCAGCCUCCCUCACACCAUCAGGACACCAGUACAACGUAUAUCCGAACUAUGCUCCACAUUUGAUGGAGCCAUCUUUGGACCCUCCCUCUCAGUCCAACCAGAACGCGUCAUCUCCGUAUUCCCAUUCCAUAUCAUCAGGAUCAGACAUGUCUGCUCUCGGACGAACUCAAAACAUCCCAUCGCCCCAGGAAGAUGGAGACGCAGGCUACAUUCCUGAUGACUCGGACAAUAAAUCACAACAGCAGCUUCCUCAGCUUCCCCACAACCCGUACUACUUUUUCACACCUACACCGCCGUUGCACCAGCCUCCAGUCCAUGCGCAUCAAAAUCUAGUAAAUAAUCAGCUGGGACUCGGAUUCCAUUCGCGUUUUACGCCUGUAGUUCCUCACCCACCCAUUCAGCAUCCAACGCCUCCCAAUCCCGGGCCGUUCGCUCCUCCAGCUGGUACAGUUCCAAGAGGGCAGCAAGCACCUUCGCAGCCCAAGCCCCCAGGAGUUAGGAUAGUCCAUGCUGAUGAUUACGAGCAGCGAUAUCCCGAGGACCCUUCAGGAUCCGAAUGUGGUCCCAUGGCUAGGAUCUGGCGGAUCUUCCUUGACGAGUGUCAGGAAUUCGAUGCCGGGAGAAUAGAUAUUCUCCAAGACAGUGUAGACGUUCUGCUGGUAUUUGCUGGUUUGUUCUCUGCUGCUGUAUCGACGUUUGUAGCACAGACAUCCCAAAGCCUGCAGACAGACUACACGAAGAUAUCCGCCUAUUUAUUGUAUGAAGCCGUCAGCAUCCAGCGCGCUAUCGCUACUGGCGCUGUGGUUAGUUCUAUUCCCGUGUCUCCAUUGAACCCCACGACCACUUUCGUUGCAUCCACGUCUGAUCGUUGGGUCAAUGGCCUGUGGUUUGCAAGUCUUUCCUUAAGUUUGAUAACUGCUCUUGUCGCGGUGCUGGCAAAGCAGUGGAUACGACAACACAUGCUGGCGUCAUCCGGUACUCCGCGAGAUCGGGCUAGGAUUCGUCAGUUUCGAUAUAUGGGUUUCGAGGAGUGGCACGUCCCAGUUAUUAUUGGCAUCCUUCCGUCUCUGUUGCAUAUGUCUCUCACUAUCUUUCUCGUAGGACUGGUCAUCUUCCUGGUGGCCUUGGAGCGUCCAAUUGCAUAUGUAAUGCUUGCAAUAACGGGAGGAUCAUAUGUGUUAGAACUCUUACGAUGGACACCGAAAGAGCAAGAUACGCAGUAUCCCCCUUCCAUUCGGGAGUUGGAACUUCAAACCAUUAAAUCUCAGUCGGACUCGUUGGACGUUCAAUCUCUUCGUUGGCUGUACACCAUAUCUUCCAAUCCUACGGUUCACAGCUGUGUCAUACAGAGCAUCGGUGGGCUCCAGCUCAGCGUCAACUCUGAAGAGUUGGAUACUUCAUUCCAAGCCAUAUAUUGAUCGCAAAUAUUCUGUUCUGGCGGAGGGCAUGGAAACAUGUGUCGAACGCCUGCUUCGUAGUGGUCUCCGGCUUUCAGCAGCUAUGCAACAAAGCUAUA